UUUGAUCCGGACUCCAGUGUGACACAAUGUUUCCGCGGCGCGUUUGAUCCCCGACUCUGUCCGCGUUCCGCCGCCGCUCUUCACGACACCGGAGUUUAUAACGCGACCUGAGCCGCAUCAGCUCACGGGAUGUUUGGGCGUGAUAUCAGGCAUUAAAGGAGGAGAAAAGCGCUUAAAAGUUCCGCGUAAUGCACCGCUGUCUUGUUCUCGCGAGUUUGGUUUAAAACAAAAGUACCCUGUCAUGAGCUCGAUCGCGCUUCUAAAACUUUAAUAUCAGCGAGACGCGUCCGUCUGUCUGUAUAAAAAUCGUAUUAGAAUUAUAACGCGUUAAAAAUUUAAAAACUCAGAGAAGUUUGAGGUUUCUUUAGAGGAACAUAUGGCAUAAAGACACAGCUGGAGAUUUGAGGCUGAUGUCAGAGCAGCUGACUCUACCAGAACACACGCACACACACACACACGCGCGCGCACGCUCUUUCUCUCCGCUCACAUGGACGAGAGGUUGCAUUCAGUCGUCUGCUGCUCUGGAUCUGUUCUCUUCAUUGAGUUUAUAUGAUGUUUGAGUUGGAGAUGUGAGAUGUUGUUUGCGCAUGACUGGAUUGAAGCUCUUUCACUGCUGCUGUUCGAUGGGAAGCGCAAAGUGAAGAUCAACUUGUGUGAGCUCUGAGAGAAGAGGAUCACACCAUAAGAAUGGAGUUCCCAGACCACAGCCGGCAGUUACUGCAGUGUCUGAGUCAGCAGAGACACCAGGGCUUCCUCUGCGACUGCACUGUGCUGGUGGGAGAGACGCGGUUCAAAGCGCACCGAGCCGUCCUGGCCUCAUGCAGCAUGUACUUCCACCUCUUCUACCGUGACCAGCUGGACAAAAGAGACGUGGUGCAUCUGAACAGCGACAUUGUGACAGCGCCGGCGUUCGGGCUGCUGCUGGAGUUCAUGUACGAGGGAAAGCUGGAGUUCGGCGCUCUUCCGGCGGAAGACGUCUUGGCAGCGGCCAGCUACCUGCACAUGUAUGACAUCGUGAAAGUGUGCAAAGGAAAGCUGAAAGAUAAGGAGGUGUGUGAGGUGGAGUGCAGCGAGAAGGCAAACGGUCACUCCGACAGGUCCCCGGACCUUGUAGGUGUCAAUUAUGUGUCAGCGGAGGCCGAGGCCUGUGUCCGAACAGCUGGAAAAACAAAAGCUGAUGUCAGUAGUUCAGCCGUCCCUGUGUCCCAGAGGUCCCGGGCGUCAGAUGACACGGACCGCGCGCUGGAUUUGUCUUUCAAGCCUCUGUCGAGUCGAGACGCCUUCCACCCCUCCUACGUCUCGGGACAGCUGGCCCUCGACAGCCAGCAGCAGGGCACCGAGCCACUUGUUAAAGACGAACAUGACUUGCUGUCAGAGCAGGAGGACGGUGAUCCGGUGAGCCCGGAGAGCCAGCGCUUUGGGAAUAUCGCCAGGAGUUCGGUGGUGACAGGGUUCACUGCCCUCUUCCCUGAAAACAAGGCCACGGCUUCGCUGCUCCCUCCGGACGACGACCUGAUGGAGGAGGAGAAUGAGCUGCGUGUGCGUUCGGAGCAUCAUCUCAGGGACAGCGAGGGCGAGGAUGAAGACGACCUGGCGUCCUCAGACAUCUCCACGUCCAGCGGGGUCCUCCUCCCGCCGGGCAGACAGCAGGUCUGCGUGUGUCCGCUCUGCAGCAAGGUCUUCCCGAGCGCACAUGUGCUCCAGCUCCACCUCAGCUCGCACUUCAAGGAGAAAGACGGCGUUCGCUCCAAGCUCUCGCCUGACGGCUCCGUCCCGACCUGCUCGCAGUGCGGCAAGACCUUCUCCUGCAUGUACACGCUGAAGCGGCACGAGCGCACGCACUCCUCCGGCGAGAAGCCGUACACCUGCGGACAGUGCGGGAAGAGCUUCCAGUACUCACACAAUCUGAGCCGGCACGCCGUGGUGCACACGAGAGAGAACCCACACGCGUGUAAGUGGUGCGAGCGGCGCUUCACACAGUCCGGAGAUCUGUACCGACACAUACGCAAGUUCCACUGCGGCCUCGUCAAGACACUCGCUAUUGGAUAAAAGUGGUGCAAUCACAUCCUUUUGUAGAAGUACAACAUCAGUUUUUAUGAAUAAUAAUAUCCGGUAUUUUGCAGGUGGCAGAAAAUAGGUUCAUUAAUGACUAUAAAACACAAACAGUUUGAUGCACUUGGGUUUUUGACAUCAUAUAUAUGUGUGUGUGUGUGUGUGUGUGUGUGUG